AUGACGUCUCGUGAUUUGACGGAGCAGCGCACUUUUAUCAAAUCAAGACAUGAGUCAUGCUGGGAAAACGCAAUACAGACCCAUAAUAAUCCUAUUGAAACAUGUAGUAAACCAGCGGAAUAUCCGACACAUCUCUACAAAAUGCAUUGGUUGCUGAUUUUUCUCAUCCUUCAACCUUCAUGCUCUUUUAUUAUAAGUGAUCUCCACAGCUCUAGCUGUCCACAUUACACGACAGUUUCCUCUUUCCUGAGCCACAUUGGGGUCAAUGUUCACACAUCCGGGACAUUUGGCGUUAGUGACCUUGAUGUGACACACGACCCAAAAAGAUCAUCAUGCACUGUGCUUAAGGCAAAUUACGCCAAAGGAAGCCACUCACAUACUCAUGACUUAGUGAGAGGAGCACAAUUCUUUGUCACGCCAUCUGGUUAUCCUAAUGGUGCCACUGACGUCACUUUGAGCUAUGACGUAUACUUCCCGAGUUCAUUUUCAUGGGUGAAUGGUGGGAAACUUCCCGGGACUUAUGGUCACAGCACCCAUUGCUCCGGGGGACGGGAUUCAAAUCACUGCAUCUCCACUCGAUUCAUGUGGCGAGCUCACGGAGCAGGGGAAUUAUAUUUGUACUUUCCUAAAGAUGCUCAACCAAAUUUCGAUACAUGGGCAAAACACCAAAAUGCAGAAAUCGUAACACAUGACAAUUAUGGGGUGUCUAUUCGCUCUCCAAAUUUUGUCUUCCACCAUAAUCAAUGGAUAAACUUGAAGCAACAAAUCCACCUUAAUACAGUCCGUAGUAGUGGUCACGGAAAUGCAGAUGGGUGGAUCAAGAUUUUUAUGAACCACGCAUCAAGUCCUGUCAUGUCAAUUAAAGAUGUUGUUUUACGGAAAUAUGAUGAUGUCAAAAUUGAUGGCAUUUUCUUCUCGACCUUCUUUGGUGGCAGUGAUGACUCUUGGGCAUCAGCACACAAUACCUAUACUUUAUACAAAAAUUUCCAGAUAUCUGUUGGUCAUCAUUAAAUU